AACGUAUUUUCAUUCAUAAAAUUACACAUACAUAAUGGACGCGGUUUAUGCGGAGGUAGAGAUCACAUCUUCACUUUCAGCUCCUAAACUUUUCAAAGUCUACACUGACUUUGACAUCAUUGCCCCUAAGAUUAAUCCCGAAUCUUACAAAACCAUCAACGUUAUCAAAGGUGAUGGUGGAGUUGGAAGCAUCAAGAGCAUGACAUAUAAUGAUGGAACAAGUUCAAAGCACACAGUCGACGACAUUGACACAAGCAACUUUAUACUUAGUUGGACGUUCUUUGAAGGUGACGCCUUGAUGGGUAUAAUAAACACAACCACUUAUCAUAUGAAGUUCAUACCUUCACCUAAUGGAGGAUCUGUAUUCAAACAAACAUUUCUAAUUAGGUAUAAAGGUGAUGCUAAGCAAAUGGAUGAUGUUAUUAAAAUUAUCAAAGAAUCAAUCACGAAUACUUUCAAGAAGAUGGAGUCUUAUGCUAUUGCCCAUCCCGAAGUUUACUAAUGAUUUCACUUUCAAGUUUACUAAUGCUUUCAUCUAAAUAAUGGUGAUGUGUUCGACUGUGUGAUCAUUGUACCCUUUCUUUUGUUUGAUGUAAUAAUAAACGAAAAAAUAUAAUAAGUAUGCAUUAUAAAUUUUCUAA